UGUCAAAACGCCAAAAAAGUAACAACACAACACGCAACAGCAAAGGAGUCUUGAAAUCUAUUUACUAUUAUCUAAUUAUUUAAGAAAUCCUUAUGCCAAUGUUUUAAUUUAAGAUAGCGAUAUGGUAGUUAAUGCACCAGAGUCUCCAACGCAAGCUGGAGUGGUUUUCGUUGUAGAAGCGACCGCAGCAAAUGGAGCCUACAUAAGCGAACUUACAACAAAUUAUUUAGUUCCAACUCUAGAAUAUUUCCAUGGUGGUGCUCUAGAAGAAGGUGGAGGCAGUGGCUCCGUGUACUGUGUAGUUGCAUAUCGAGCUGCCGACUGUUUCCCCGGUCUCCCUGUUUUAACAUUUGGUCCAUUUACUACACCACAACAUGUGUUAGAGGCUGUGGAGAAAAUUCAAUACAUAGGAGGGCAUGCAGAGAGCCGCGCAUGCGUAACAGAGGCCCUAGCCACAGCGUUGUUAUGUUGCGACGAGCUCGGCAGGACAGAUAUACCGUUACACAUUCUUCUGCUAUGUAGUUCACCACCGUACUCCGCCUACGCUGGCGGUCUGGUGCCGCCCGGUGCACCGUCGACACCGGAGCAAGCCGCUCGCCUCAUCAGCGACCGAGGCGCUCAGUUGUCCAUCGCUGCUUCCAGGCGCAUCCCAGCGCUUCCUGCCUUAUACGAACACGCCGGUGGAGACUUACACUCACAACAGCAGCGGAACUAUGCCAAGGACCCCCGCCACGUGGUGCUGCUGCGCGGGUUCAGCUUGGCGGAGCGCGCGCCCAGCCCCGCGCCGCCGCCGGCGCCCGACAUACAGGCAGACGUCUACGGACAAAAUCGCCAGACAGGCGUCCGUCCUCCAGCGCCAUUGUUUCCAAGGCAACCGGGCCAAGUGGGCCAGGUGGGACAAGUGGGCCAGGUCGGACAAGUGGGACAAGUGGGACAAAUUGGACAGGUGGGCCAAGUGGGUCAAGUGGGCCAAGUGGGCCAGGUGGGCCAAGUAAGGCCAGGUUGGCCGGCGCCGCAGCGACAGCCGCUAUACAGCAGUAACUCAGCUUUGUUGACGCAACUCGCUCAGCCUUCGUAUCCGCCACCUCCCACAGCGCAGCGCAUGCCCAGUAUGCUGUCGGCCGCGGGCGCCGGCGCGCCGGGCGCGGCCGCCGCCGGGGCGCAGCGCAGCAUCAUCUGGAACGGCAUCAUAGAGUGGAUGGAGAAGGGCAAGGGCCCCGGCGACCAGCAGAAGACUGUCAGGCAUCUGCCUUGUCAGGUGUCAGCGGGGUCAAAGGACGUUGAACCCGAACUGAAAGUGGUGACGUGGCCGAACAAGCUGCUGAUGCAGCUGAUGCCCAAACAGCUGAUCAGCAACAUCGGAGGGGAGUACCUUAAAGAUAGCAAGUCUGUGCUGUUCCAUCUUCAGCCCAGCGAGGCCCUUGACGCCCUCACUAAGGUCAUGGUCAAUGGUUUUGCUGGUUGCGUCCACUUCUCACCGAACACUUCGCCCCCGCAAUGUGACAUCAAAGUGUUGAUACUCCUCUAUACUCCCGACAAAAAGGCAUAUCUUGGCUUUAUACCCAACAAUCAGGCCACAUUCGUCGAUAGACUGCGCAAGGUGAUUCAACAGCAAAAGAUCAGUCAGAUCAUCAACAAACAGCAGCCGGCAGUCAGCUCAGCCAUGCCCACUUCCACCAUGGCGGGUUCGAUGCCCACGCCGGGCAUGUCCACCGGUGGGCUGGGCAACAUGGGGUCCUCCAGCAUGGGCCCAGGCCUGGGGCAGAUGGCCGGCCCCGCGUCGCAACUACAACAUCCACAGGGCAUGAUGGUAAGCGGUGGUAUGGGCGGGCAGGUCCAGCAGGUGCCCGGGCUCUCGCGGCCCGGGACUCAGCUCGACGGCUUGGAAGUCGCACGACAACAAAACCUGGAGAAGAUACAACAUUUACAGCAAACUCUAGAGGCGGCACACCAACAACAGUAUAAGAGCCAGCGGGACAUCAUGUCACAUUUACACGCGGCUCAGCAACAAGAACAACAUUACAAACAGCUCGAGUUGCAGCAACAGAUCCAACAGUUGAGGGGCGCUGGGGGGGGCCACGCCCCCCGCAUCAUGCGGCCCCUCCUCCCCUCCAACCCGGGGCUCCGCCAUCUGCUGCAGCAGCAACAGCAGGCGGCGAGAGGCGGUCGGCCCCCCAUGUGAUCAUGCACAACAACCCCAAUACCGACCCGGAGGAGCUGCCACCAGGCCCUCGACGCAAACCCAGCAGUUUGAAGAUGUGUCCAAUUAUGACUUCCUAUAGUAUCAUGUACGAGUAUUUUAGUGUUUAUAUAAGAAUAUAAUCUUUGAAAUUUCUA